AAACAAGAAGAGAAGAAGAACGGCCUACAACAGGGACACCGGCUCCUCAGCUUUAGUCUGAUGUUGGAAGGACCCGUCAGCUGCGGCGGAGCUUGGGUGUUUUUACGGCCGCGACUGAAAAGAAGAACCGAACAUCAAUAAGGCAGUGGCUCUUCUGUAACACGACGGGAGAUGGAUAACAGCAAACGAACUGUGGUCGUGACAGGUUUUGGGCCAUUUGGAGAACACACUGUCAACGCCAGCUGGGUAGCAGUACAGGAACUGAAGAAACUUGGCCUGGGCAGCGAAGUGGAUCUUCAUGUGUAUGAGGUUCCUGUAGAGUACCAGACAGUGCAGAGUUUGGUUCCUUCAUUAUGGAAGCAGUAUCAUCCACUGUUGGUCGUUCAUGUCGGAGUCUCAGGCAUGGCCACCACUGUCACACUGGAGAAAUGCGGCAGAAAUCGUGGCUACAGAGGUCUGGACAACAGCAGCUUCUGUCCUGAUUCCCAGUGCUGCAUUGUGGGAGGCCCUGACUGCAUCGACUCAGUUAUUGACAUGGAAUCAGUCUGUAAACGAGUGACAGCUUCUGGACUGGGUGUAGCUGUGUCUGUCUCCAAAGAUGCUGGAAGAUACCUCUGUGAUUUCACCUACUACACCUCUCUGUACCUGAGCCGCGGCCGCUCCGCCUUUGUCCACGUGCCUCCUCUUGGAAAGCCUUACAGCGGGGAAGACCUGGGUCGUGCGCUCAAGGCCAUUGUCCAGGAAAUUCUGGAGCUUCUCGACCAGGCUGAGGAUAAGAUCCACUGCCAGCAGCACUUCCACUAAGUGACCUCCAGAUGUGAACCAGCCUCUCCAGCACUCGCCACACAAGAGAAAUUGCACUUAACCACAAGUAGCCAAACCUCCUUCAACUUUUUAAAAUGUGUUUUUUUUCACUGAAAAACAGUCCCAGUCCAUCUUUGUCUUUUAACCUUUGCAAAAUGUGAUUUAUGAUAUGGUGAGAAGAUAAAAUGGGAGUCAACCUGGGUUCACAUUGUAACGUAAGCUUUUCCAAGGAACAGGAAACAUCAUUUUAAACUUACUGUAAUGAAUUCAGUCCUGAACACAGCAGUGAGACUGUGUUUGAUUUUGUUUUGACGUUUGUUUUAUUAAGUCUGUAAAAGUCUGUUAUCUGGCAGAUGUUUCAACAGUGACCCCAAAGGUGACCUCUAUUAUUGCACCUUAUAGGGUUAGGGCUAAUGAAAUAGUUUAGAGGUCACAUUUGGGGCGAUGUUUAACGCUUACAUACAUCCAGCGAGUUUAGUCAAUAGGCCUAUCCUAAUUUUUUUAUGUAUGUUAAGCAAACGGCUGAUGUCAGUUUCCUACAGAUUUAAACAUUUAGAUUUCUUUUCAGCAUUUUAUGUUGUUAUUUUUUCUUGAAUCCCUUUCUUUAUAAGAAUAUGUGAAAUUUAACCUUCUUUUACAAAGGAUUUUAAAUCAGGAAAUGGGUUGGUUUCAGCUCAUUGUCCCCACAGUUUUUUGGUCCAAAUUAAAAGUAAUUUUUUUUUUUUUUUUUUUAAAUCCCAAAGUCUCCGGACUGAGAUCUGUCCCCCCCAUGAUGUGCAAUGUUGUUUCACAGAUCUCAGGUCGGGGCCGUUUGGGAAGCGUUUGUUGUGAGUUUUGACAAAAUUCUACUACGGCUGCAUUAUAGCCUUAGACUAAAAAUUAACUCUAAACCAAAUAGCUUCUGUCGUAUUACUGUGUUAGUUUGUCCACUCAGCAGUUGUGUAGCCUUGACAGUUUAUUUAAUUUUAAACUCCCACUGUAGUCAACUUUUAUUCAUGCAGCACUUUGUUAUUUUACACUUCCAUCUAACUUUUUAAAAAUUUGGAUAACCUUUUAUAAACAUUUUUGUUUUCUGUCACUUUAAUUUGAAAUAUGUUUUUACCCCCCUCUUCCCCACUAGUUAUCAGCCCUCACGCGUGGUUUGCUUCUUAGGACGCUUUUGCUUUAUUUUCAUUUAAGUAAAAGUUUCUUCUAACCAGAUAAAAACAAAAAAAUGUAUUUUUAUUGUUUCUGUAAGCGCCCCGCUGUAGGUUAAAAUGUUAGGUUUGUUUGGUUUUCUGGCUGAGGAGUCAUUAUUUAGCACUUUUCACACCACCUAACAUGCCACCACUUCGUGUGAAUCUCAAGGAGGAAGUUUAUGAAUUUACCACACGCAACUUCAGCUUUCUGUGUCUCUGAAAAUGAAUAUAUCAGUGAACUGACAAAAGAUUUAACUUCAUCUCUCUCUUCAUUUUUUGGUUCUUUGGUCAGCCCAGUGGUUGAACACUUUUUAAAUGUUGGGCAGAUUUGUCAUAUAGCAAAUGCAGGUGCUGAUGUUUUACAGUGUGGCUUAACAAGUGCUUAAUGAGGUGAACUCUGACCCUGACUCUUUCCUGUGCCUUGCUGUUGUUUGUGUGCUUUUUUCUUUUCUUAAAAAAAGGCCUUAAAACGCUCAGUGGGUCGGUUGAAAGAUAUUUGACUGGUGCUGUCCAGUCAGUUGCGUGGCUACCUCAAAAAUACUUUUUUAUCUCGAAAUGUACCCUGGUGUACAAAAUACCAGAAUGGCUCUGUGAUGUACUGUAAGUUCCUGUGUUUAGGGAGUAACUUGUGAAACGGUGUCCUCUGCCUCUGAUAUUAACAAAGCACUUUUACAAUAAGUAAUCUUAACUUUGUAAAAGUAAAGGCUUUGAAAUAAAGGAUCACAAGUAA